UUUAUUAGAAUUUCUUGUCGAUUUUAUCACAAUGAAGUUUCUUACUUUAUUGCUACUUUGCUGUGUCGCAAAGGACAUAAAUAGUGCCACUACCAUCGGUCAGUUUUCCAAAGAUGUACAGGCCCGAAUAAACUUUAAGAUGACUCAACACACUAAACAAGUGUCUGCAGCCUCAGGAGGAUCUAAGAGCGUCAAAGUUCCAACUGCACCCAAAGUACCAACGCCUUCCAAUCCGGAUCUAGUAAUUAACAAACCACCGGAGAUACCACUAGCCAAACCAAAAUGUGAUUUGAAGGGAUUAAUUGCAUUGUUGAAAGCGCUGUUCGGUAUUUUUGAAGGUUUGUGUUCGAGUCUUAAAAAAGAUAGUGGGCCAAUUAAAGAACAAUGUAGUGCAGCCAAAGCAAAAGUUACUGUUGAAUUCAAUGUGGUCUUCGAAGUGACAGAACAAAUUUCUUAUGACUUUCCAACAUGUUCUGAUGUUGUUAAUCCGGCAAUUAAAGGACUAUCAUCAGCUUUUGGGAAAGUCUUUGAUGCUGUAGGUAAAGCAAGCGGAAGUUGCGGCUCUGCAACUAACGGCACCAGCACUGAAACUGAAGCCGCGACAAACGGAACAGACACGUCGUCGUCUAGCGGAUCCGCAACUAACGGAACCGAUACUUCAUCAGGUGGACCUGCAACUAACGCAACGGACACUUCAGCUGAUGGAUCCACAACUAACGGAACCGAUACUUCGUCUAGUGAACCUGCAACUAACGGAACAGACACUUCAGCUGAUGGAUCUGCGGCUGACGGUACGGACCCAGCAACUGGCGACUCUGCAGCUAGCGGAAAAGAGGUUGACAUGUCUAUAAAAAGUUUAAUAAUGGCUCUUCAAAAUGUGUUCCAAUCGAUGAAUUCAGUUACAGGAUCUGCAAAGCCGGCUGCCGGAAGUAGUGCAGCUGACGCUGUUUCUGCUUCCGAAGCUUUCCUGAGCCAGAUUCUACAAAUGGUGAAAUCUCUACUCGGUAUGGUGACAUCCGUUUCAACUGAAGCAUCGUUGGAAGAGAGUGAAAUAACCAAAGAUUUGUCUACCGCAAUUGAUGCGACAAUUGAGAAAGUUAAUGGUGGUAGUAAAAUACUCGGAAGUGUGUGUAUUGAAUUUUCUGCAAGCUUAACGAUCAUAUUUAAAUCCGUGAGCUCAGUCGAUUUAGAAACAACCACUAAGGAAUGCGAAAAAACGAAGUCAGACAUUACGUCAGAUCUUGAUCCAGAAGCAAUUGAGAAUGGAACGGCGACGGAGGUAGUAAGUAAAGCAUCUGAAAAUGUUUCAAGUCUCUUCGACACCAUCGGAAAGAAUUGUGCAGUACUGAAAGCUGAUGUACCAGCUAUGGGUGGUAAAGUUGAUUCCUCUCUGACCAGUGUUAGUAAGGCAAUAAGUAUUAUUUUCAAACUGUUACUAACGUCUGCUAAAGAAUCUGAAACCUCAAGCGGUGGGUGUGCAACUAACGGAACAGACACUUCAGGCGGUGGAUCUGCAACUAACGGAACAGACACUUCAAGUGGUGGAUCUGCAACCAACGGAACAGACACUUCAGGUGGUGGAUCUGCAACAAACGGAACAGACACUUCAGGCGGUGGAUCUGCAACUAACGGAACAGACACUUCAAGUGGUGGAUCUGCAACCAACGGAACAGACACUUCAGGUGGUGGAUCUGCAACAACCGGAACAGGCACUUCAAGCGGCGGAUCUGCAACGAACGGAACAGACACGUCAAGUGGCGGAUCUGCAAAUAACGGAACAAGCACUGCUUCUCAGUUUUCAAUCCAGAUUGAUUUGGCUGUCUGUACUCUCAUAGAAUAUUUAGUUGAUCUUUGGGCAGUUUUUACAAUUGUGAUAAAUUCAUUGUCAUCAGACACCUCAGUAGCUGCAACAACCGCUAUUUCUUUUCUCCAAUCAAUCGCCACAACAAUUGCUUUUGUAUGUUUCCAAGUAAUAUCCUCUCUUUCAAUUAUUUUCGAAAAGUUCAACGAGUCCUGCUCAGACAAACUAGUUGUUACUGUUACAGCAAUCGGAGAAAUUGAUUUAGAGAAUGACGAUUUUGAAACCAUAGGAGAAGAUUUAACUCAACUAUUAGAAUCUACUAGCGGAUCUGCAACUAACGGAACAGACACUUCAUCUAGCGAAACCGACACUUCAUCUAGCGAAACCGACACUUCAUCUAGCGAAACAGACACUUCAUCUGGCGAAUCUACUACUGACGGAACUAGUCCUGCAACUAACGGGACUACCACCUAAAAUGCCAAAUCGACAACUGCAGUUCAAUAGAAACAAAAUGUUAGGAAUCAAGCAAAAAAGUCGACUUUAACUAAAUUAUCUGAUUUGACAGUGAUUUGAGAAACUGAACCUGAAUUCUUAAAGCCAGUCAGGUCAGGUUUCAGGCUAAGGCUGACCUGAAAUUUUCAAAAAUUCUCAAGCAAUUUAUCAAUUCAGUUGCAGGUCAAAUCAGAUCUCAGGUUGACAUGACCUGUUGUUUAGAGCCUUAUAAUCGAUCCUGUUUACAUUUCAAAAAUAAAUCUGAAUUUGUUGUGCAUUCAUCCUAAUUAAAAAAAACUAUCUUUCA